AUGCGACGUGAACAGCUUCGAUGUGCUCCUCAACGGAAGAUGGAGCAGCCUCAGCUUCUUUGUGCUCUUCGUGGGUCUCUGAUGGAGCAGCUUCAGUGUGGGCUUGGACGGAGUCGACUUCAGCUGGAGCAGCUUGAUGCUCCUCUCGCUGGGCAACUGACGCUUCUGGAGCAGCUUCUGUGGAUGCGACAUGAACGGCUUCGAUGUGUUCCUCAACUGAUGGAAAUGAGCUUUGGCUGGAGCCGUUUCAUCCUUAUGUUCUUCUGGUGCAGACUCCGUAGCGGCUACAUGGAUAGCUUGGAUGACUUCCUCGAUUGGGGCUUCAUGGUGAGCAUCCUUGUGUUCCUCAGCACGAGCUGGAGCUUCUCAGCUUCUGUGGGUGGAAGGUGA